AAAAAGCAUUAGCGCAUGCGCACUUCGCGUACUGUAAACUAAAUGCGUCAAGUUUUGAUAACUGGAGUUUCUGACUUUUCUGUGUUGAGAGUUUACAGGACAUGAGCAAAGAUGAAUGAGGAUGUGUUCGAGGUCCCAGAGAGGACCGAGUACCGUUACCUGGUGCAGGAGGAGGGGGAGGACGAGGUGCAGUAUGUGCGUCACAGACACUACGUCAACCCUCUGCUGGUGCUCUCCAAACGCUGCAUCUUCCUUAUCUGCCUGGGAGUACUCUUUCUGCUCUCUCUCGCCGCCUACCUGGGUUACAUAGCUCAGACACUGCCCCCAGGCGUCGCACAGGUGACCACGGACUGCGGAGAGUUCAGAGGAAAACACAAAGAUGGAGCGUAUUCCUUUAAGGGAAUGCCCUAUGCUGCUCCACCUGUUGGUCACCUGCGCUGGGCCCCGCCGGCUGAUCCUGUGUGUAAGAGCGGUGUGACGGAUGCCGGCCGAUUCCGCAGUGUUUGCGCUCAGGUGAGGAUGAUGUCGAACACGGGGAAGGUGGAGGGCCAGGAGGACUGCCUCUUCAUCAAUGUCUGGACGCCAUCGCUGCAGCCAGACGCCAAGCUGCCUGUCAUGGUGUGGAUCCACGGAGGCUCGCUGAUGGUUCUCAGUGGAGGAGAGCAUCUAUACUCGCCCAAUGAGAAGCUCGCUGCAGACACGGGGAUAGUUUACGUCAGCUUCAACUACAGACUGAACGCCUUUGGUUUCCUCGCACUGGAGAUCCUGAGAGAAGGUUCACCAAAGAACACUUCAGGGAACUAUGGCUUCAUGGAUCAGAUCGCAGCUCUGAAGUGGGUCCAGAGGAACAUCCAUGUGUUUGGAGGGGAUCCUGGGAAAGUUACCAUAGUUGGACAGAGCUCAGGCGGGACAUCAGUGAGGGUCCUGAUGAUGUCACCACUGGCGAAAGGUCUCUUCCAUGCAGCGGUGGACAUGAGCGGAUCAUACGUCAUGAAUGCAACGCUGGAACAAGCCGAGUCUGAUAACCUGGUGUUUCUGAGGAAGACUGGCUGCACAGACCUGACCUGCCUCAGAGGCCUCUCUGUCAGCCAGAUCCUGCAGGCCGUCCCGUGGGACGAGUACCCAUUCUGGGCAGGAGGUGGCUACACAGACUUACCUGUCAGAGGCAGCUUCGUUGGUCCGGUUUCCGUGGUGGACCGAUAUGUACUGGAAGGUCCACCUUUUGAAGUGUGGGAAAAGAAGGGAGUUUUCAGUGAUGUUCCCUUUGUAAUCGGGACGACAGAGCAGGAGGCAGACUUUAUUCCUCCUGUUAUGAACAUCUCCACGUGGACCUGGUCGGACUACCAGUGGUUUGUCAAAGAGAAACUUCAAACCUUCUCAGACAGUCUCGCCAAAGAUGCCUUGGAGCUGUACCCACCCUCUGCCCCCUGCCCCACCAAAGACCGCUGUCCAGAAAGGGCGUACACCACCAUGGUGUCUGACAUCAGGACCACAUGUCCGAACAACGACCUGGCCAGGAGAGCUGCAGCGGCUCUCAACAGCCCGGUGUAUCGAUAUGUGGUGAGGUACACACCGUCAGGACCCCUCAACGUGUCCAGUGACCUGCUGCCGUUCCCUAGCCGCUUCUCCUUCCACUGUCUGGACAUCAUGGCGUUCUUCGGGUGGCUGGAGGACAUUUUGGGAAAGCCUCUGUCUGAUGGAGACAGACAGUUCCAAGAUCUCAUCACAAAUCACCUCGUCCACUUUGCCAAAACAGGUAAGAUGGCGGACAAGUGGCCAGAAUACCCAUCAGGCACUGCUCUCCUGGAUGACAGCCUGUCAGUGGAGCAGGACUACUCAGCUGCUCGGUGUCAGCUGUGGAAUGAGAGCGGCCUGUACGCUUAUGCCUGGAUGAACUAACCCUGCAGUGAUGGCAGCUUCAUUGAUCAGUAUUCAUCCUGAUUUAAAUCACUGAUUUGUCUCCUGCUCACGGACUGUGAGUUUUAAAACAUUUUUAGAUUUGAAGUUUCAAAGGAUGUCUUCAUCUUUAGUGUAUUUUGUAAGGAAAACAGCCAUAUUUUGAUGAUGUGAUCAAGUUUUCAGGAACCCGUCACAUCAGAAGGAUAAAAGUGAAUUAUUAAGACAUGAAAAGCCUACUGUGGACUCGUCAGUGGAGCUGGUUUCUUCAGAAAUAGAAACAACAGCUUGUUUUUGCUUCAUUAGAGAAAUGUUAAAAUGUUUUAUGUGAACUGUCCCUUUAACAAGCCAAAGGUUUUUGCUGCUGCAGCACUGAAGUGACCAAAAAGGAGCCUGGGAUUUUUUAAAAAUGGAGCUUUAGGAUUGAACGCAGAGCUAAGUGUUUGACUGAGCGAAGAAUAGAGGAAAGUGUGUUUUCUAUCAGGUCAGUGUGAAGUGUGUUGGUGUUAGUUAAGCAGUGAUUGAGCUACACAGAGGUUGUAAUUGGGAUCUUUGUAGGAAAUGGCUCCAAAUCAAAGUCCUUUUACUGUGAGAGUGAACUCUUUUGUUGUUGUUUUAAGUGUCUGACAACACAAAGAAAGAUCCUUGCUGACACUGACCUUUCUAACAGAGAGCGAGGCACUUUUUAACCUGAAAAUUUGGAUUAACACUCCCAAAAGCUGCAGAAUUAUUUGCUUUCUGCUGUGCCUAUCAUGAGCUACUUCCUGAGUAUCUAGCUGGCUGUGCUGAUGAAGGACUGACUUCCAUGUGUGUGCAUGCAAUCCUUUUGUUUUGCAUGUCAUCCCAGCAGUAAACAUGGCAUCCUGCCUGAAAGCCCCAGCUUUGGGCCUCAUUAACCAACUGUUCUUAAGAAGAAAUUUGCUCUUUAAACCCUCUCAUGCAGUUUUGAACAAGAUUCCAACAUUCAGCAAAGUUUUCUUCUCUGUGACUUUUUUCUUAGCUAAGAAGAAACAAGUCAGAGGAAGUGUAUUUGUCCAAUUCUCUUAAAAACACACUAGUAAUUAGUCAAUUCACUCAUUUAGAUUUCAGUAUUGCAGUGUUGCAGCUUAAUCUAUUGUACACGGUUUUAUCAGGCAAGCUGUCAUGUAGAUAGAAAUUCUUACGUCUCAUGUUUUUGUUCUGUGAUAACCACUAAAUCCUCACCACAAAAGAAAAAAAAUACCAAACAUCAUGGAUUUCUGUAGCAUUUUAAAGCAGCACUCUGUCCUAUUUUUAUGUUUAAUAGCUCCACAUCCGUCUCCUCCCUAACAGACUGUUAUAUCAGGUCACUCAGGAAUAAAAAGCGCCUUUAAAUAUCAUUCUUAAUGUUUCAUGCUCCAUAAAAGAGAUCUUUUCGGUUCACAGACAUUAGUCGAGGCUGUAUCUUCAGGGAAAUGAUGAAAUGAAGUGAAAAAGGGAGCUAUCAUUUAAUAAAAUCUUUGUGUUUUUAUUUUAUCCCGUGAGAGUCCCAGGAUGUUUUUUAUGUAAUCAUGUGAACUCUGCUUUUUGCACUCACUAAAGUUUUUGCACUUAUCUGUGAACACUUUAUUUCUUGUAUAUUUCACUCCUUUUUUGUUGUGUAUAGUUGGACUGAGUGUUUUAUACUUUUAUAUUUCUGAUGUUAAGAAGCUUUCUUCACAUUUAUACCCAACUUUAUCCUGCCUGAAUUACUCACAGUGUGCAAGAGUUUUUAUUGUUGUUUUUAACUGUUUAUAAGCUUUUUUUUUCCUUUAUGGUUUUUUAACAUCAAUAAUGUUUGAUCAUGCUUGGUUUGAUAACUUACAUGCUCAAUAAAACUGAAACCACUUCA